CACCAGCGGCUGUUUCGCUUCCCGUUUUUGUACUUCCGAGAGAACACGCGCCUGUUUCCGGUCCCAUGAAGCGCGCAUGGAUCGUGUGGACGACGUAAACAAACCGUACCGUUUUCUGCACGUUUCCGUAGGUUUUGACGGGGUUUUGACAGCUGUUCCGCUCACCGUUAGCUCCCGUUAGCUCCUGUUAGCUUCAGUGCUAGCCGGUGCUAUGGUGAAGUGCGUGGUGUCGAGCUGUCCGAACCGGGAGCAGCUCAGCGCGGACCGAGGCUUCAGCCGAGCCCCGAAACGGUUCUUCAGCCUCCCCCAGGACCCGGCCCGCAUCAAGGUGUGGUUGGCUGCGCUGCGAGAGCCCGACACAAAGGAUUGGACAGAAAGUCAUGUGAUCUGCGAGGACCACUUCUUGCCUGAGGACAUCUCUAUGAGCGGCGUUAACCCAGAUGCCAUCCCGAUCAUGCCCCCCUGUCUGGAGGAGCAGGGAAUCAACGUGUGGCCCGAGGACCCGGAGGAGGAUGACGACGGCUGGGCUGCGGGGGAACAAGCCAACGAAGAAUCUGAAGGAGAGGCUGAGGAAGAUGCAGAGGAAGAUGUCAAUGAAGAAAUGCAAGAGGAUAACGAAGGGGAGGAGGAGGCGGCAGCAACCGUGACAGAUGAUACACACCUGGCAACAGAGACUGCCACAGUGCCCCCUGCAGACAGAAGCCCAGAGGCCACUACGGAGCUACAGGAACCAAAUUCUCAGCCAGAGCGGCUCCUUUGUCAUCCUAAAAACAACCCAGUAAAUGUCAGGUCAGAUAGCCCCCUGCCUCUCCUGACCCCUCAGUUCCUGGAGCUCUUGUUGAAAUCGGAUCGGUCUCUGGACUUGCACCAAGCAGCUGUGACGCUCCAGAGCAGAAGGAGGUGUCUGUACGACAUCACGGCUGUGCUCAAGGGACUGGACCUGGUGCAAAAGGAGUCUCCAAGCAGAGUGCGCUGGACGGGGAAGUGUCCAAUCUCCAGCUUCUUGUGGCCAAAGCAGAAAAUGCAGAAGGAGUCAGAAAAGAUGAGGCUCGUGGAAGAGACUCUGGAUGGACUUAUCAAGAGCUGUGCCCAACAACUGUUUCAGAUGACCGAUGACCCAAGCAACGCCAGAUUGGCCUAUGUGACACUCGCAGACGUCCAGAAUCUUCCAGUGUUUGAGAAUCAAACUGUGAUCGUGGUCAAAGCUCCAGAGGAGACCAAACUGGAGGUCCCUGCUCCUAAAAAGGACGGUAUCCAGAUCCACCUAAAGUCCGGUUCUAGUCCGAUCUCGGUACUCGCAUGUGAAGUGUGGCCUGAUGGCACAAAGGCAGAGAAAGGAGCUUUUCUACACAUCCAGCACAGUCGCAUCAAAACCUUCCCGUUACAGACAGAGUCGUCGUCUUCACAGAGCACAGUGCCUGGUCUAUAGCACUUGCGUUACUGCAGGGGGCGCGCCGCUGUAUUUUCACAUUUUGAAAACAAUAAUAACUCACGUUUUAUAUUCAUAUUAAAGGCCCUGUAUUAUACAAAAAAUAAUUCUCUACUUUAAGACUUGUUAUGUUGUGUUUUGUUUCACACGUUUGAGUAACCCUUUAUUAUUAGUCUGUCUACAUCUCCAAAACUCAAAAUGCUCUGUUCCAUCUUGUGAUGUCACGUGGUGGUAGUUUGAAGCUGGCAUCUACCUUUUACAUUUUGUUCAGAUUUGCAAUUCCAGGGCUAAAAUCAUCCAAAUGAUUCUAGUGAAGGGGUAUGGAGUUUAAAAAGCACUUCCUGUAUUACCACAUGACAUCACAAAGUGGAACAGAGUGUUUUCUGUUUGAGAGAAGAACUCAGCUGUAUAUACAGGUGUGUGAAUGAAAUGAAAUGCAACUGCAGGUAUGUUUUUGAUGAGGAAACUACAUUAUUACAUAGACCAAUAGUAGCGUAAUAUGGGCCCUUUAAACUUUGUAGCUCAAAGUUUGCACCAAAACCAAGUCUGAAACUGGAAUUGAACCAAUUCUGGAUCAGGACCAGGAUGUACCUCCCCUUUUUUAUUUCAUUAAGUUACACUUUUCUUUAUAAAAAACAAAUUAUGUUUUUGGACAAAUUCUUCUGUGUUUUUCAAAUGAGCUCUUGUAAAUAAAUACUGUAUAUCUGCUCUG